CAGUCCAUGCGCCGUCGUAUUUCCUCGAGGGAUAGUUUCUCUCGCAGCAGCUCGCAGCACUCGGACAAGCAGCAGCAGCAGCAGCAGGCUGAUCACCACCAGCAGCCGUCGCAACAAUUAGAGACGGCUCAUCAGCAGCAGGAGGCAGGGGUUGCAGCAGCUCCGGGCAGUCCUGGAGCAGACAAGAGCGAGGGGGGGGGAAGCCUUGUUUAUGGCGUCAGUGCAGCCACCAGACACGGCACUCGAGAUCGUCUGCUGCAAGCGGACAGCCUCAAGACCAAAGAUGCCAUGAUUGCUCUGGCAUUUUUCUGCAGGCGCAUAGUCGGCAACCCUAAUCCUGGAGUGCGUGCCUUACUGCUUGGGAGGCCUCCUCAAGCGCAGCCCCCUUCGCCCUUUCCUUGUGACUUGCCGCCUCUGAUGGAGGCUCCCGUCGGUGAUCGGCCAGAGCUUUUUCGGAAGAAACUUGCGGCGUGCUGCAUAGUCUAUGACUUCGAUUCUCCUGAUUUUUUGCGGGACAAGGAUCUCAAGAAGCAGGCGCUCAUCGAGAUUGUUGAAUAUGUAAACAGCACGCGUCACUGCUUUUCAGAGCAAGUGUUGCAGGACGUCAUGGACAUGGUAUCCGCCAACAUCUUUAGACCUCUUCCGCCUUCGCAGCACCGGGGUGUUGCGCUCCUGGAACCUGAAGAGGAGGAGCCUCAGCUGGACAGCUCCUGGCCGCAUAUUCAAAUUGUAUACGAGUUUUUCCUGCGGUUUAUUGUUUCCAAUGACGUCAGUGCCAAACUCGCCAAGAAGUUCAUUGACCAACAGUUCGUCUUGAAGUUCCUAGAUCUCUUCAGCUCAGAAGAUCCAAGGGAACGGGAUUACUUAAAAACCAUACUUCAUAGAAUCUACGGAAAGAUCAUGGCCCUCAGAUUUUUCGUACGUAAGAGCAUCCAGCAGGUCUUCCAUCGCUUUGUCUAUGAGCAAGAAUCUCCGAACGGCAUUUCUGAGCUCCUUGAAAUCCUUGGAAGCGUCAUCAACGGCUUCGCAGUCCCCCUCAAGCUGGAGCACAAGUUGUUUCUUGAGCGGGUGCUCCUGCCGCUUCACAAGGCGCGGUCUCUAGGCGCAUUUCAUAAACAACUGACGUAUUGCAUGGAGCAAUAUGUUGCAAAGGAGAGCCGUGUGGCGGUGCCUAUAAUUCUCGGGAUGGUGCGUUUCUGGCCUACAUGCAACGCACCGAAGGUGGUGUUGUUCCUCAACGAACUCGAGCAUGUGUUGCAAGAGACGCAGUUGCCGGAGUUUCAGAAGGUGAUGCUCCCGCUGUUUGCCCGGCUCGCAGAGUGCAUUCAGUCUCCGAACUUUUUAGUAGCAGAACGCGUUCUUUUCCUCUGGAAUAAUGAGAAGAUUGUGAAGUUCAUCAAUAUGAACCGGCCGGAGUUGUUUCCCAUUAUUAUCGGUGCACUUUUCCGAAGUUCCCAGCAGCACUGGAGUGUGACAGUGCACACGCUGACCUACAACGUUUCCAAACUGCUAGCCCAGGCAGACACCGCGUUGUUCGACGAGUGUUCAAACAGAUUUAUUGCAGAGGAGAAACGCCGAAAGGAACAGGAAGAAGAGAGGGCUCAACGCUGGGCAGACUUGGAGUCUGCGGCGAAGGGGGGCUGGGUAGUGGCGACUACAGAGACGGAGGAGCAAAAGGCUGUCCCGGCUCACUGA